UUUGUUCUCGAUGUAUAUGCAAUGUGUAGUUUGCUCUUUCAUCCCAAAAUAGUGGUUCUCAAUGUGGUUCUCUGGUUUAAUUUUCUUCUACUGAUUUGCCUUUAUCCUGGUUUAUUUCUAAUUUCUAAUAGCAUUUUUGUCUAUGAUCUGUUCCUACAAGGCAGUAGCAGGGUGCUUCGGUGUGGUGUUUGAAUUUUGGUACAGUUGCUAUGCUCAUCACAAGUCAGCUUGUAUUGAGCUUCUGUUUGAUACAGUGGGGAUUUUGUGCCUACAUUUGUGUUGGUUAUCCCCUGAUAACCGAUGCUCAUAAUGCUCUCCACGAGAAGGUCUUAAAAAAAUGGUGGAUCCUAGGCUUUGGAGAUAACUAUUCAAUUGAUUCAGUUUCUAAGGGGAGAGGUUCACCUGCUUUCCUUUCAGCCAAUAAAUGUGCGGAACCGGUGGCAGGCAGAGGUUUACAUACUUUUUCAUACAGCCUUGGGAUAAAACAGGUAAUUUUUGGCUUACAUGUGUAUUUGUUUUGUGUAUCUGUAGCACGAACGCGAGUAUGA